AUGAGGCUUUUCUCAUCUCUUGUGUGUCUGCUCGCUAGCGUGGGAUUCAUUCCGCUGGCCCUUGCGGACACCUUCUGUAGCGCCGAUGUGCCAUGCGCGAUUGGCUGCUGUGGCCAAUACAACGUCUGUGGCAUGGGUCCAGAUUACUGUGGCUCCGAUAACUGCAUUAACAAUUGUGAUGCUAAAGCUGAGUGCAAUCCUGGUGAUUGGGACUCCAAGUAUGUCAAUUCGACUACGUGCCCAUUGAACGUUUGUUGCAGCAAGUAUGGCUUCUGCGGCACCACUGAGGAAUUCUGUGGGAACUCAACUGUUACUCGACCCUCAUGUGACGCGAGUUCUCAAUCUAUCACUCGUGUGAUCGGUUAUUACAAUGCAGCAGCUGAUAGUCGGAGCUGCGAUGGAAUGUCUCCUGCUUCUAUCCCGCAAGGUGUUUACUCUCAUCUCUACUUCGCGUUUGGUAGCAUCAAUCCAGACACGUUUGAGGUGAUUCCGGAGGCCAAUGCGGACACACAGCUCUAUUCACAGCUCGCGGCACUGUCAAGUCGGGACUUGGGUCAAGAGCUCUGGCUCUCAAUUGGUGGUUGGGAUUUCUCAGAUUCCGAUGCCGCUACAGCGACCACCUUUUCAGAUCUAUGUGCAGCUGACACCGACACCCAAAAUAAAUUUUUCAAGUCUCUGACGCUUUUCAUGAAUACAUACGGAUUCACUGGUGUCGAUAUUGACUGGGAGUAUCCCGCUGCCACCGAUCGCAAUGGCAGAUCGGAGGAUUAUGCCAAUUACCCCAAAUUCUUGGCUCAGUUGAAGAAGGCCUUGGCCGAGUACAAGUUCGGUCUCUCUAUCACGUUGCCUACUAGCUACUGGUACCUACAGCAUUUUGAUGUUGUGUCCAUUGAGCCCUCGGUAGACUGGUUCAACUUCAUGAGUUACGAUCUUCACGGCACGUGGGAUGAAGGAAAUGAAUGGACAGGUGCCUUUUUGGACGCGCACACCAAUCUAACAGAGAUAGAGACCUCCCUGGAUCUUCUCUGGCGAAACAAUAUCACAGCAUCCAAGGUCAAUAUGGGCUUGGCCUUCUACGGCCGCAGCUUUACAUUGGCUAGUGCAUCGUGCUCAGAUCCUGGCUGCUCCUAUCUGUCAGCUGGCGACGCUGGAAACUGUAGCAGCCAAGCAGGAAUUUUGUUCAAUAGUGAGAUCAAACAACUUAUUGACAAUGACAACCUCAUCCCUACCUGGCACAAGGAGGCGGCCGUCAAAAGCAUUCAAUGGGACGGCGACCAGUGGGUUUCGUUUGAUGAUCAAGACACCUGGAAAACCAAAGCCGACUUUGCAAAAUCCCAGUGCCUUGGAGGCGUGCUCGUUUGGUCUGUCGAUAACGAUGAUGGCAACCAGACAUUUUCUAGGGGGUUGGCUGCUGCCUUGGGUAACGCGAUUAACGUCAAUACCACCACUGGAAUUACUGGCAGCGUCCUGAAGCAGCUUUCAGAGAAAACGACCACUCAGAAGUCCACUCCACAGCAAUAUUGCCAUUUCAUCAAUUGUGGCCUUACCUGUCCCAAUGGCUACACUGAUGUCGUCCGUGCCGACAAAACCAGUCAACUGAUGCUAGACUCAACAUUAUGUCUAUCAGGAGUUGGAACGCAGACUCUGUGUUGUCCUACAUCAAGUGAAAUUCCUACCUGCCGCUGGCGGGGAUUUCACAAUAAUGGAAAAUGCAAGGGCGGCUGCAACGACGAUGAAGCCGAGGUUGGCACACUACACGCUGGCUGUACUAAGUCAGGCUAUCAGUCUGCUUGCUGCACCAUUACAGAGUCGACAACGCCAUUUACAAAGUGCAAGUGGACUUCAGAUUGCUACAGCGAUGACACAUGUUCGUCCGGUUAUUCAAACUUCGUUGUGGGCUCCCGAGAUGGAUCUGGCGGCAUGCCUUCAUGCUCGAACAAGAAGACCUACAACUACUGUUGUUCGGGUUCAUCUGUGCCAGAUACCUUUACCAAUUGCGAUUGGAAAGGCCAUGAAGACUAUGAUUCUAAAAUAUGUACCGAUUCAUGCCCAUCUGACACAAUCCGUAUCGCCGCAGAGGCAAUCAACCCCUUCAACAACUUGAACUACGCCCGAACCUCUGGCUGUGGAAUUGGCGAAGAAGCUUACUGUUGUUCUGGUGCAAAAACUACCAAGCGAUCAAGCUCGUCGGAUACGUCAGACUCAUCAGACUCCCAAGUUGGAGUCUAUCAAGACCAAACCGCUAGAGAUUUUGACGCCUACCUCCAGAAGUUUCUUGCAGACCCUACAUGCCCCUCUGGCUGGGACGAUCAGUACAGCUCGAGCUUUGACUCAGUCAUGAAACGAGAAUUCAUGAGUGCUCGCUCUACAACCACAACCACAGAGACCUCUACGGAGCAGGGCAUCACGCUUGCCUUUCUUCUGCCUUUGUUGCAAGUGUUGGUACAAUCUCGCUAUCAACGCGACGAUCUGGUAUAUAUUUGGGACUAUCGAACUUCCCAGGCAGGAGUCUCGGACGUUGCUACUAUCGCAAACAUGACCACCAUGAUGUAUGGUGGUGACGAUAUCUGGACAGGGACUCCCUCCUAUGACUCUACACCUAUGCUAGCCCAAACACUAUGUAACAUUGCCGACUCGGCUACUGCUCUUCGAGAGAUUGAGUUCGCGACAGAUAUUCUAUGUAUCGACCCAUCUACUGGUGACCCUGUGAGCCAGUCUAUGAGCAAUUCAGUCAUCUCUGCCCGAACUAUUACUGUCGCGGGUACUGCUGACCGGUCUGCAAAUGAGUGCUCGCCAACGAUGAAUCUUAUACUGACCGGAAUUCUGAAUGGGGAUCUAAGCCUUCACUACCUCCGGUGGCUUCGAGCCACUACCACCGAUAACAAUGGAAAUCCUACCCAGGUGAUUCUUGAAGUGGCCUUUUGGAUCGGCGCAGAAGUGGGAGUCGCCAACGCAGCUACUCGAGCCACAUAUAGCGAUCGUAGUCACACAUCAGCCACCGACCGCUGGGUUAUUUUCCAUCUCCAUAUUCCAUUGGACGACACUACUCUCACGCAGAACCGAGCAGCAACCACCUGGUAUGUAGGCGUCAACACCUUGGACGUCUACCACAGCCAGGGCAUUACGCGCCCAAGUGUGGUCACACGCGGAAGAACCCCAGACUACCGGGCCGAAUACAGACUUUCAAAUACAUAUGCGAGAGGAGGCCAAAAUACCGGUUCACUGCAGAACUACAAUUCCCGUACGGAAACCUUGGGCUGCUACAGAGCUCCCGGAAGGUGGUAUAUUGGCAAUGACAGGACCAGUGUCAUCAACGGUUUAACGACAGAGCAACGAACCACUCCCAACUACGCCUUGAACUUGGAAAGACUGAGUGCCUGGCUUACGGAACAAGGCGUGUUUACUACUGAGACAUUGUCGCGGUUAUUCCCCGGGGAAUCGCUUGCCGAUGCUACAAGUGGUUGGGGGACCACAAACGAUUGGGUCAACGACUACGCCCCCGAAGACGGUGCAUUUGAUACUAAUUGGUUGCCAAAUGGGGAUACUCCGCUAGAUCCAAGGGAUGCUGAUCCUUGA